CGUGCGCACGGCCAGGUGUGUGCAUGCACGGGAGCGUGCACACCCAAGCGUGUGCUUGCCCAGUUGUGUGCAUGCCGAGGACGACGCGUGUACGUGCGAGCGCUCGCACACACGUGUGUGCAUGCAAAGCUGUGUUUCAGCUUGGAAGCGUGCUUGCACAAGACCGUGCACAUACAAGCACGCAACACACGGAGCGCAUGCACACCCAGGUGCACUUCUGCACGGGGGUGCACUUGCACAGGAGCGUGCAUGCAAGAGCGUGCAAUCCAAGUCCAAACGCACAUCCAGGUGUACGUUUGUACGAGUGGCUGCUUGCACACCCAAAAGCCAGCCGUGUGCAGCAUACGGGCGUGUAAUUUCACGCUCAGCUCUCUACUCGUGUCCGUGGCAGCGUGCACACCCGGCAGCGCUCUCACCCAGCCGUAUGCACGCUUAGGUGUGCCCAGGUGUUCGCAACCACCCCGGUGUGCACAAACUCAGGUGCGCGCUUCCACACCUCCUCACUCACUCCCCCCACACCUACGCGCAUGCGCGGACCGCCCCCUCCGCAGGUGCGGGAGGGGGGAGGGAGGAAGGUGUGGGUGCGCGGCCCCUUUAAGGGGAGUGCCCGGAAGAGUGCGCGCCCCUCCUGGCCACGCCCCUCUCCUGGCCACGCCCCUUUUUGUACCCCGCGCUCACCGCACCGCACCGGGCCGGCGCUGCCCCGCAGGGUGCGGGGAGGUGCGGGUUUGCGGGGGGGGUCCGGCCAUGGCGAGGAGAUUUGCGGGGUUAAUGCUGCUGCUGUGCGCGAUGCUCCGCUCCUCCGCCGCUUUUAACCUGGACACCGCCUUCCCCGUGCUGAAGGAGGGCAGCGCGACGCGGGGGUUCUUCGGUUUCUCCGUAGCGCUGCACCGGCAGAACGAGAGGGGGGAGCGGUACCUGCUGCUGGUGGGAGCCCCUCAGGAUGAGGAGCCACAGAACGGCACGAGGACGGGGGCUGUCUAUGCCUGUCCCCUCUCCCCCUCCAAAAGCGACUGCGAGCGGCUCGACAUCGAGCUGAGAAGUGAGCCCGACAAGUACAUCAUUGAGGACAUGUGGCUGGGGGUGACAGUGGCCAGCCAACGGCAGCCAGCUGGCAGGGUGCUGGCGUGUGCUCACCGUUACACCAAAGUGCUGUGGUCGGGCAGCGAGGACCAACGGCGCAUGGUUGGACGCUGCUACGUGCGGGGCAACGACCUCAGCUUGGAUCUGAGCGACGAAUGGCAAACGUACCACAACGAGAUGUGCAACUCCAACAUGGACGCCGAGGAGACUGGCAUGUGCCAGAUGGGUGCCAGCGCUGGCUUCACUGCCAACAUCAUUUAUUUUGGGGCACCCGGAGCCUAUAAUUGGCAGGGUACCAAUUACAUGCUGCAGCGGGAGACGUGGGACCUGCACGACUUCUCCUACCCCAACGAGAAGAACGGCAACACCUACAUAGGGUAUGCAGCAGAGGUGGGCAGCGGGGUGCUGCAGCAGGAGGCGGUGACGGUGGUGGCCGGAGCCCCCCGGUAUCAGCACACUGGGGCUGUGUAUCUGCUGAGCACCAGCCCCCAGCAGACCCUGCAGAGGAGUGGGUUGCUACGAGGCCACCAGGUCGGCUCCUACUUCGGCAGCGCCGUGGCUUUGGCGGAUCUCAAUAAUGAUGGGUGGCAGGACCUGGUGGUGGGAGCCCCCUACUACUUCAAGCGGAAGCAGGAGGUGGGGGGGGCCGUCUAUGUGUACAUGAAUGAGGCGGGGGGCUUCCAGCCCGAGCCCAGCCUGGAGCUCACCGGGCCCAGCUACUCUGCCUUUGGCUUCGCCAUCGCCAGCAUAGGGGACAUCAACCAGGAUGGCUUCCAAGACAUCGCUGUGGGGGCUCCCUUUGAGGGGCCAGGCAAAGUGUACAUCUACCACAGCAGCGCCGAAGGACUGCGGCGCAUCCCCAGCCAGGUGAUCAGUGGGGCAGAGCUGGGCCCUGCCAGCAUGCAGACCUUUGGCUACGCUCUCAGCGGAGGGCUGGACGUGGAUGGCAACUCCUACCCCGACCUGCUGGUGGGCAGCCUGGCUGAGCGCGUGGUGCUGCUCCGUGCUCGCCCCGUCAUCAACAUCCUCGACAAAACCUUCACCGUCACCCCCAGCAAAGUGGAUCCUGCACGUUGCACGCCCGACUCCUGCAUCACAGUGACCGUCUGCUUCGCCUACAACCAGAGCGCCGGUGACCCCACGUACAAGGAGAGGAUCACCCUGGAGUACACGCUGGAGGCAGACAAGGAGCGGCACCCCCCGAGGGUGAGGUUUUUGGGAACGCACUCGGCCACGUUCCGUGGCACCUUCCCCAUGCCUGACACGCGCUGCGAGAGCAAGGAGCUGCUGCUGCUGGAUAACAUCCGUGACAAGCUGCACCCCAUCGUGCUCUCCAUGAAUUACUCACUGGUGGAGCAGCCCCGCAGCUUCCAGCUCGGCCCCCAUUCCCUCAAUGCGUUCCCUGUCCUCAACCAGGAUCAGUCCCACCAGAACGAGACCAAGGUGGAGUUCCAGAAGGAGUGUGGCUCCGACAACAAGUGCUACAGCAACCUGCAGCUGCAGAGUGCCUUUGUCACCGAGCAGAACCAGCCCCUGCCCAGGCUGAAUGGCACUCAGGUGCUGCACUACAGCCGGGACACACGCAAGCUGCACCUGAGCAUCAACAUCACCAACACACCCACCUCUGCCUCCAAUGGGGAGGAUGCCCACGAGGCUCUGCUCAACAUCACGGUGCCCAGCAGCCUCCUGCCCUCCUCUGUCCGCCCCAGUGGUGCAUGCACCUUUGCGGAGACGGUGCUGUGCGAGUUGGGCAAUCCCUUCAAACGGAACCAGAGGGUGAGUGCUGCCCUGGAGCAGGGAGAGAGCUCUGGGGGGGGGUCCCGUACCACCCCACACCCAUGGAGGGGGGGGUUGUUGCAGGCAGAGCUGAUCAUCACCUUCGAGGCCAUCGGCAUCACGCUGGACACGCGGGAGGUGGUGGUGUGGCUGGAUCUGUCCACGCAGAGCACGCAGGAUGACCUGCAGCCCGUGCUGGCCCAGCUGCUGGUGGACUACAGCCUGCAAUCCUCGCUGAGCGUAGCCCCUGCACACCUGCAGUCCCACUUCAGCGGGACGGUGAUGGGCGAAUCGGCCAUGCGCAGUGAGCAGGAUGUGGGCAGCCCGCUGGCCUUCGACUUCCAGGUGAUGACGAAGGGUGAGGCGUUGGGCACGCUGGGCACCAUCGUGCUGGGCUUCGAGUGGCCCUAUGAGAUCCCCAAUGGCAAAUGGCUGCUGUACCCCACCGAGAUCCAAAUCAACAACAACGGUACCUGCAGCCCCCCCGGGGGGGUCAUCAACCCCCUCAACCUCACGCUGCUGGAGGAUGGGACCCCCACCCGGCACCGAAGGGAGCUGGGGGGAGCUGAGCCUGGAGAGCCCCCCAUUACCCUGGCCACAGGCAAGAAGGCGAAGUCAGAAGUGCUGCUGAGCUGCUCCCAAGGCACCGCACGCUGCAUUUGGUUCGAGUGCCCGGUCCCUGCAGCACAGCACCCCGCAACCUUCCGCGUCCGCGCUCGGGUGUGGAACAGCACCUUCAUUGAGGAGUACCACAGCUUCGACCGGGUGAAGGUGGACGGCACCGCCACGCUGUUCCUCCGCACCCACAUCCCCACCAUCAACAUGAGGAACCACACGGUGCGGUUCUCAGUGGAUGUGGACUCGGAGCUGACGGAGGAGCAGCCGCCGCAGGUCGCGCUGUGGUUGGUGUUGGUGUCGGCGGCGGCUGGGCUGCUGCUGCUGGGGCUGAUCAUUGUGCUGCUGUGGAAGGUGAGAUGGGGGAAGGCUACGGUGUGCCAUCCCAUACCCAUGUCCGUGCUGUGCCAUGCUGUACCCUGUGCUGUGCCAUCCCAUAUCCGUGCUGCGUUGUGCCAUAUGUGUGUCCAUGCUGUGCCGUCCCGUGUCCAUGCUGUGCCGUCCCGUGUCCAUGCUGUGCCAUCCCAUGUCAAUGCUGUGCCAUCCCCUGUUGUGUCAUCCCAUACACAUGGUGUGUCAUCCCAUGCCUAAACCUGUGCUGUGCCAUCCUAUGUCCGUGCUAUGCCAUCCCAUGCCUGUGUUGUACCAUCCCAUACACGUGCCUGUGCUGUGCCGUCCCACAUCUGUGCCGUGCCAUCCCAUCCCAUAUCUGUGCUGUGCCACUGUGUGCCAGGAGCUGAUCUUUACGAGUCUUUUCCAGCUUGGGGGAUUCUAAGAUUACACAAUGCCAAGCUUAUGCUUUGCCAUCCCAUACCCAUACCUAUGCUGCCCUAUCCUAUCCCUGUCCCAUGCCACAUCCCACCCCAAUCCCUAUCCCUUCCUCAUCCUGCCCCAUUCCCUGCUACAUCCAUAUCCCAUUCCCCAUCCUGUC